ACCGCGGUGAUCAUCUCGAGGCUAAUACGUGGUCAGAUUUGUGCUCCUGCAAGCCUGCGGCCGUCGUCGUCGUCGUCAUCGUCGUCACGAAUGUCGCGAAGAUCGUCCAUCUGAUCCGUCUUAGUCUGCUGCUGACCGUGCGCGGAGUUAAACGGAAUUCGGCUAGUGUUACUUUGUUACGGUGUGUCGCGAGUGCACUUUAACUUGCAGAUAUCAACUCACGACAUCCAGCGGAACACCAUUAAAACCCUCCGAAGGAAGUGAAGCGAAAAAAACCCUCAACACAAAAUGCCGAAGAAAGUGGAGGAACCCUUCGACCAGUUUCAGCAGUACUACCGCACCCCCAGUAACCGGACGGCACUGGAUAACUGCAAGUUAUUCCUAUGGAACCCGGCAGAGGGUGAAAUUUUUGGCAGAACUCCCGCCAGUUGGUCUAAAAUCGGUACUUUCUACUUCCUGUUCUACUGCGUAUUGGCCGCUCUGGUCGCUGUCUGCAUGUGGGUAUUCUUCCAAACAUUAGAUCCUAGGACACCAAAGUGGCAACUGGAUCAGUCGCUCAUCGGAACAAACCCAGGUCUAGGCUUUCGGCCCCUUCCCUCCGAAGACAACGUGGAAAGUACACUGAUUUGGUACAAAGGUACUGAAGAAAAGAACUACAAACAGUGGACUGAUGCACUGGACGACUUCCUGAAAGACUACAGGACACCCGGUCAGAUUUCGGGUCGAGGUCAAAACAUUUACAACUGUGAUUACACUCAACCGCCCCCACCAAGAACCGUUUGCGAUGUCGAUAUCAAACAGUAUGGACCGUGCACCCUGGAAAAUCACUACAACUAUCACAAAAGCGCCCCGUGUGUGUUCCUGAAGCUCAACAAAAUUUACGGUUGGGUACCUGCUUUCUACAAUAAUUCCAACAGCCUGCCGCACAACAUGCCAAGUGAACUUUCAGAGUACAUCAAGACUGUCGAAGCUACAUCGAAGCAUACGAUGAACACGGUGUGGGUAUCGUGCGAAGGAGAAAAUCCGGCUGACAUUGAAAACGUUGGUCCAAUCAAGUACUAUCCGCGACGUGGUUUCCCGGGUUAUUACUACCCGUUCGAAAACUCGGAAGGUUACCUGAGUCCACUCGUGGCGGUGCAUUUCGAAAGACCAAUCCGUGGCAUCAUCAUCAACAUCGAAUGCAAGGCGUGGGCCCACAACAUUAUCCACGAUAGACACGAACGUCUAGGAUCUGUGCAUUUUGAGCUGCUGAUCGACUAAACAGCACCCCAAGGAGCCAUUUACUGUUUAGGCUAGCUUCCUUUUCACAACACUACUUUCCUACCCGUUUUCGACCAGACCAUCAGAUAGGUAAAACACAAUUUUAAUGUUAAACUUUCUGUUUGCCUUCUAUCACAGUGCUAUCAAAAAAUGACUAUUGCAAGAGGCAAGCCAUCUUUUACAAAUUAUACACUCGUGUCAAUGUUUGAGAGUUAGAAUCUUCUACAACGUAAAAUAUAGCAUGAAUUUCGUUGAAUCUUUUAAAUUAGGCGAUCUCACGUAAACUUUUUAAAGCUAAUGCAUAAAAAAAAAACAAGCAAAAAGACGAUAGAAAGCACCACGCGUGGUAUGAUAUAAGAUUGUUCUGAUUGUUUUUCAACUAUUGUAAAUAGUAAUGAGAAGUUGUGAGUAUCCGGUCGGUAGCAAUGAAGGAUCGCAAUAUCGCGCAAAUACAGAUUGAGUCGAACAGCUAGAAAACAAAAUACAUGCUCGUUUCUACACUUCUUGUAUAACUGCCAAUUUACUGAUUCACCUCUAAAAAUAAACCAUAAUGGCCAACAACACUAGAAGCAGGACAGCGAGGUAAACUGUAGUGUUUUGCAUUAGAAUUCAGAUUUUCGUGCCACAAUGGCGACGAGAAUUAGUAUGUUCGGAUUGCAUUAAUGGCUCUUAUUUUGACAAUAGUUGUUCACGCUAGUUGCACUGCAGAGAAAAUAAAACCGUUUCACGACUAGUUUAUCAAACAAUUAGAAAUAUUGCGAACUGGUGUAGCAAGCUAUUGUCAAAAUGAAGGCUCCUGCAAUAUUAUUGGCGUACGGUCGCCCUUAUGACACGUAACAAGCUGAAAAGGGGCCAUAUGAGUGGCACAUUCUAAACAUCCUUAGCAGAAAAAACAGCAUACGAGUUGCGUUAAAAGGAAUUUCACUACUGUAACUCUCACGCAAACUAGAAGCUCAAUCAUAGUUCGAACGCAAAAACAAUAGUUAACACUAGUUCAUCAAAACAAAACUUCUACUAAACAUACACACAAGUCAAACAUCCUAUAGAAUCAGACAUGAUAGCAACGGUAGAUAGCUUAAUUUAACAAUGGUAGAAGAGUAUUAUAGUAUUACGCACCGUGGCAAUAACGAGUAUAUGAUUGACCAAUUCUGACCACUGUUCAAAGUAUCAAAAGUGCCAACACAGUAAACUCAAACACCUCCCUGUACCCGUUUUGAAGUUCUUUUUUAUGGCGAAUAACCACAACAAAUAGGUAGUGUCGAGGCAACCACCGCAGUAUCGAUGAUAAGACGUUUGUAUAAGACGAAGUAGCAAUUCACUAUAAAUUUUACUAUAUAUCAGCACGAGCUAAACUUUCAAAUUUCGCAUUUCAAAUCUCGAUGUUGUACAUUUGUUUUUCAUUUUCGAUUGUUUCAAACAAACAUAAAAGAUUUAUUGCGUCCUUGGAAUCUAAAUUCCACGUUUUAUGUAUUUUUAAGGCAAUAAGUUUCAGAGUUAAUAUCCUCUAUAUUUAAUCGGUGUGCUUCGAAAUUUUGAUAAACUCUUAUCAGUAGCAAUCGAGGAGUUUUUUCUCAGACACAAUCGGAUAUACAUCCCUACUCAGUAUGCAGCUCUGUACAUGAUUAUUAGAUAAAUAAAUUAGGUCUAGAACACA